UUCCAUGCAUAUCCCACAUCCAAUCUUUAAAGCUACAAACAUAUGGCGUUAUUUAAGAUUCUUUUGCUCCUCUCCUUUAUUAACAUCUGUGUCGGGGGAGAAAUCGCGGUAUAUUGGGGCCAAAAUGGGGAUGAGGGCAGCUUGGGCGACACUUGUGCGACCAACAAUUACAACAUAGUAAACAUCGGUUUCUUAACAGUGUUUGGGAAUGGCCAAACUCCGGUUUUGAACCUAGCCGGGCAUUGUGAUGCUGCUAGUAAUCAGUGUAGUGGCCUAAGCGAUGAGAUCAGGGCCUGUAAGAGCCAAGGCAUCAAAGUCUUGCUUUCCCUUGGAGGUGCUGCAGGAAGCUAUACCCUUACCUCUGCUGAUGAUGCAAAGAAUGUGGCACAAUAUCUUUGGGACAACUUUCUUGGAGGGCAGUCACCGUCAAGGCCACUGGGGGAUGAAAGCCUAGACGGAAUCGACUUUGAUAUAGAGGCUGGCGGCGGCGAAUUCUACGACGAACUAGCCAAGGCCUUGUCGGAAUUUGGACAAAAAGUCUACUUGUCAGCAGCUCCACAAUGUCCAUUCCCCGACCAAAGGCUGCAAGGCGCCAUAAACACCGGCCUUUUCGACUACGUCUGGGUACAGUUCUACAACAAUCCUCCCUGUCAGUACUCCGGCGACGCCACCAAUCUUUUGAACUCUUGGAACAAUGACUGGUCAACCAUUCCCACCGGAAAACUAUUCUUGGGUUUGCCAGCGUCCCCGGAAGCAGCCGGAAGUGGUUUCAUUCCGGCAGAUGUGCUAACUUCUCAGAUUCUCCCGGCAAUCACGGCCACACUCAAAUACGGUGGCGUAAUGCUAUGGUCUAAGUUCUAUGACAAUGGCUACAGCGCAAGCAUCAAGCCAGCAGUUUGAUCAGAUCAAAACGUCACUACUUUUGUGACAACCUUGUACCUACUUAUGAUGCAUGAUUCCAUGAGAUAACUGUGUAUCAUAAGCAUAAAUAAUUCUGCAAACUUCUAAUAAAUCUGCAGUAGCUAUUGAUAUGAAUAAAUUAAGCCCGUUUAUAGUUUAA